AGGAGUGGGAGGAGAUGGAGGCUGCCAUUGGGCAGGUGGAGGAGCCCUUCCAGGUCUCCGUGCUCUACUCCGGAUGCCCGCAGGAUGACGGAAGCCCGUUGGCCAUCGACUCACUGGAGCUGGUGGACUGUGAAGUUCCAGAUGGCAUGGAGAGGGAUAGCGAAUGUGACAAGACUACAAGCCUGCUCUGCAACUUUGGAGACUGCAUUGACAAGAGCAGAGUGUGUGACUUCCACACAGACUGCCCUAUGGGGGAGGAUGAAGGCUCCAUAUGUGACUACUUGCCUGUUGGUGCCCACUGCUCGUUCGAGUCGGGCCCCUGUGGGUGGUCGGUGUCGGAGCGUUCGUCUGCCUGGCUGCGGACCAGUGGCUUGGAGCUGAGCAAGAGUAGAGGCAUGCAGGGAAGCACGCUGCAGUUGACACAAGGUCACUUCCUGUAUCUGAAGGUGAGAAGCAGCCACUCGGCUGGUGAGGCGUCGGUGCAGAGCCCCCCUCUCCCUCCCACGGUGUCUGAGAGAGACUGCCAGCUACGCUUCUCUAUCUACGUGUUUGGCGGAUUUGCUGGCAGGGUUUGGAUCUCACUGGAGGCCAAUGGCACGAGUAUACCGCCUGUGGUGCUGCAGAGCGCCAAGCAGUGGAAAGAUGAAUGGCAGGAGGUCACACUACCCGUCUCUCAUGUGCUCAACGGGUUUCAUAUCAAAGUCCGGGCACAGUGGGAGGAGGGCUCCUAUGCCGACAUCGCUCUUGAUGACAUUGCAAUGGGAGCAGCCUGUUUCAAAUCAGAUCUCAGCGCCUUGCUCCAGCAUAGCAAUAGACUUUUACAUGGACUGGACCCGAUGAGUGAUAUGGACUUCUUCAGCCCCCUACCUGAGCCGUCCUCCUCAGAGGUGCCCUUGAUGUCAUGGUGGUUUACGUCGUGUGGAGCCAGCGGCCCGCGCGGCCCCACGCAGGCCCAGUGUGACAACGCCUACCGCAACACCAACGUCAGCGUGGUGGUGGUGAAGGACGGGCCCAUCAAGGGGGUGCAGAUGUGGAGGGUCCCGGCCACCAACAGAUACCAGAUAACUGCGUAUGGUGCGGCUGGGGGCAACGGUGCUAAGAACCACAACAAGCGGCGGCACGGAGUCAUCAUCAUCGCCAUCUUCACUCUGGAGAAGGGAGACAUCCUGUACAUCCUGGUCGGACAUCUUGGAGAGGAUGCCUGCCCUGGAAGGAACAACCUGACCCAGAAGAUCUGUCUUGGCGAGUCAUCUGAGAUUGAGCAGAGCUUUGCCAAAGACGAGAAGGACUCUGAUUGGGCGGGAGGUGGAGGUGGCGGAGGAGGAGCCACGUACGUCUUUAAGAUGGUGAACGGGGAGCUGGUGCCUCUGCUGAUUGCGGCGGGGGGCGGGGGCAAGGCCUACCUGGAGGACCCGGAGAGGAGCGCAGAGCCCAUCCCACUGGAGCAGUACGAGAACGACACCGCUGCACCCUGCCACAACGGCCACACCGGACAAGGAGCAGGUGGUGGAGGUGGCUGGAGGGACAGCACCACCAAGCUGUGGGCGGGCAAGUCCCUGGUGGAGGGAGCAGAGGGGGGCUCGUCCUGCCGCUUGGCCCAGGCGCGCUUCAAGUGGGACACCUUCGGAGGGUUCGGAGGCGGAGGUGGAGCCUGCACGUCAGGAGGAGGUGGAGGCGGAUACAGAGGUGGGGAUGUGGCACUACUUGAUGACCUUACAGCGGAUGGCCAAGAUGGCGUCUCCUAUGUUCACCCCUCAGGAGAGAUAUUUCUACCUUCUCUGGCAGUGAUGGAGAGCCACGGCGAGGUGGAGAUCGAGGUGCACCGUAACUGCAGCCACUGCCAGACGCAGAGCUGCAGGCGUGACCAGGAGACGCACCUGAUCACCUGCAUCUGCCACAGCGACGAGAUGCUGGCCCCGGACAACGUCUCCUGCAUAGGUAGCCCCGUGCCAGAGGGGCACCUGUCGCUCUCCGUCAUCCUGGCCGUGGUGGCCUCCACCCUGGUGAUGGGCAUCUUACUCACCUGCGCCUGCCUCACCCUCAUCUACUACCGGAAGAAGAACCAUCUGCAUGCGGUGCGGGUGCGUCUGCAGAGCCCGGAGUACAAGCUGAGUAAGAUCCGCUCGUCCACCAUCAUGACGGACUACAACCCCAACUACUGUUUCGCCGGCAAGGCCGCCUCCCUCAGUGACCUCAAGGAGGUCCCUCGCAAGAACAUCACCUUGCUCAGGGCCCUUGGUCAUGGUGCCUUUGGGGAGGUGUAUGAAGGCCAAGUCCUUGGCAUGAACGGAGACUUGAACUCGUCCAUGCAGGUGGCCAUCAAGACUCUUCCAGAAAUCUGCUCGGAGCAAGACGAGAUGGAUUUCCUGAUGGAGGCCUUGAUAAUGAGCAAGUUCAGCCAUCAGAAUAUAGUGCGCUGCAUUGGCGUGAGUCUGCAGAUCCUGCCUCGCUUCAUCCUGCUGGAGCUGAUGACUGGAGGAGACAUGAAGAGCUUCCUCAGACAGAACAGACCCAAAGCAAACCAGCCGUCCUCCUUGAGCAUGCUGGAGCUUCUGCACAUGGCCCGAGACAUCGCCCUGGGCUGUCGAUAUCUGGAGGAGAACCACUUCAUCCACAGGGACAUUGCUGCUCGCAACUGUCUCCUGACGUGUCCAGGACCGGAGCGGGUGGCUAAGAUCGGAGACUUUGGGAUGGCUCGGGACAUAUACAGAGCGAGUUACUACCGCAAGGGUGGGCGUGCCAUGCUGCCAGUCAAGUGGAUGCCACCGGAAGCCUUCAUGGAGGGCAUCUUCACCUGUAAAACAGACACAUGGUCGUUUGGGGUACUGCUGUGGGAGAUCUUCUCCCUGGGAUACAUGCCUUACCCCUGCAAGACCAAUCAAGAGGUGCUGGAGUUCGUCACCAGUGGUGGCAGGAUGGAUCCCCCCAAGAGCUGCCCAGGACCUGCCUACCGCAUCAUGACUCAGUGUUGGCAACACUGCCCUGAGCACCGGCCCAACUUCUCCACCAUAUUGGAAAGGAUCAACUACUGCACUCAGGACCCUGACGUGAUCAACACCCCGCUGCCAGUGGAGUACGGGCCGACCAUGGACGAAGACGGCGGCACCGUGAUGCGGCCAGAAGGCUCUGGAAGCAUGAGCCCCUUGCUGGUGUCCCACUCCCUCUCCCAGGACGCGUCUCUCCCACCAGAGGUCACCUUGUGUAGUGGUGGUGUUGGGAUCUCCUCUUGCUCCUCCAUCACCACCACCACCACCGCUGGUGGUUUCCCCCUGGCCCACAAGCCCCGUCUCCUGCUCCAGAGGCCCACUCAGCUCCCCCAGGAGGUGGCCACCGCCUCGUACCGCGACGCCCUGGAGCCGUCCUGGGCCGAGCCCGUACCGGCGGUGGCCGUGUGCUCCGGCUCAUGGCUCCAGGUCCCCGGUGGUGCAGGCGCAGGGCCGUCCCUGGGCAGCAGCAGUGGCGAGUUCUACCACCACCGGCCGUGUUCUCGCAGCAGCUCGUCCUCGGGCAGCCAGAAGCUGAAGAACAAGACCAAGAAUCUGUGGAACCCCACCUACGGCUCCUGGGUGCUGGAGAGCAUCGGCCGCGCCAAGACGGCGCUGUCCCACACGCAGUCCGUGCCACUCUCCUGCGGCGGCGGCUCGUCUUCCUCCUCCCCCAACACCACCACCGCCUCCUCCACUACCUCUGAACGUAACGAUCUGGAAGCUGCAGGCCUCAGUGGAGGUGGUGUUGGUGUUGGUGGUGUUGGUGCCAUUGCUGCUGCGUGUCAGACCUCCACCAGCUUACUACCCACCACAGUCUCCACGUCCUCCACCUCGUCCCAGUCCUCCUCCGUGGGAGGCUCCCAGGUCCCCAAGAUGGGCCUGUCCUCAUGGAAGACCCCAGUGGGAGCUGUGGCCGGUGGGGCAUGUGGAGGAGGGGCCAUGGGGGGUCCACCACCAGCCAGCACCACCACCAUGGAUCUGGCCAAGCUCCAGAGCUUCCCCUGUGGCAACGUCAACUACGCCUACGACGAGCAGAGCUACGAGGCAGAGAGCCUGCCCCUGGUGGUGCCAAAGGCCACCAGGCUGCACUCCGAGGCUGCCGCCGCUGCCGGUGCCUCUGGUGGUGGUGGUGCCUCUGCGAUGUGUGGUUCCACGCCGGGCCUCUUGCUGGCAGGCCUUGCCCUGGCACUGCCCUCCACCUCUGGACACAAGCCCCUGGUGAAGCGGCACGCCAGCUACGGGCACGAGGACAUCAAGCGCCACACCAAGCCCGAGAAGCCCACGCGGGACAGGGACUCGGGGUUCUCCCUGUCGGAGGACCUGAGUGUCACGCCCGUGUAGCGAAAGAGGUGUGGGUGUGGUGGUGGUGGUGGUGGUGGUGGUGGUGUGACGUGGUGGGCGAUGAAGUAGGACUCAUGAUUCAGGUCAUGCACAGUACAGUCGUGCAAGCAACUUAACUCAUCACCAAGUAGAAACACUGGAACACAAGACACUGGAAGUACAUUUUACACAAAUGAGAACACACUGGAAAAGAUUUUGUCGGGACGCCAUAUUUUUUGGCCUGCUGAAGAAAUCACAAGCUCCUUAUUUUUUUCUAAAUAUAGACAAAUAUAUAGAUAUAUAUAUAUUCAAAAUGAAAAAGUCUUUUUUGUAUCCUUAUAAUAAUGUUUUUUUUAAAUAGCCUUGGUACUAACUAACUUAAAGGGUAAUAGGCGCACCCAGGAACUCCUGAAUAUUUACUUACAUUUGAAGAACCAGGGAAAGGAAAGACUAACAAUGUUGUGAGACUGAAACCAAACAAUGGCUUACAAGAAGCUGAUGUUGUAAAGAUAUUUCUCUUUGGUGAGGUCUGUGCGUGUACCUAAUGGUCUAUGGGGUACAGUAAAAUCUGAGAUCAAGCCGUUGUGAAGUCGAUCUGAGGAUACAUGAAGUCUUGCAAAAGAAUACUGUGAAAAAAUACAUGCUAACAUUUAACCAGCUAUGCAAUCUGGUUCUAGCAAAGAGGAAACAAGUACUUUUUCCCCCUUCUGGUUGUACUAUGAUCGUUCUAGUUCUGGUCUAGAAUGACAGUUUAAAUGAGGAAAGAACGUGAAACGCUAUGGGUUCCAUUGAAAUUGAGUUGCCCUUUUAAAAUUUCUGAAGUACGAAUGUGAUCGAUUGACAAUACUUUUCGGAUUUAAAUACAUAAUGUAUUAGGAUGGUUGUUACGACAUAGUCUGAUAUUAUACAGUAUAUUUGGAAAAAAAUAUAAUUCAGGUACAUACUUAAUUUGGAGGAACUGAUGUGCUUGCUUUGUGUGAAGAUUUUAGUAAAGAGAGAACAGGUGCAAGGCUG